CUCUUCCGCUCCGGAAUCAUCAUGGGCCGGGUCAGGACUAAGACGGUGAAGAAGGCUGCGCGGGUCAUCAUAGAGAAGUACUACACCCGCCUGGGCAACGACUUCCACACCAACAAGAGAGUGUGUGAGGAGAUCGCCAUCAUCCCCAGCAAGAAGCUGCGCAACAAGAUCGCUGGGUAUGUGACGCACCUGAUGAAGCGGAUCCAGCGCGGGCCGGUCAGAGGAAUCUCCAUCAAGCUGCAGGAGGAGGAGCGCGAGCGCAGGGACAACUACGUGCCCGAGGUCUCCGCUCUGGACCAGGAGAUCAUCGAGGUGGACACUGACACUAAAGAGAUGCUCAAGCUUCUGGAUUUCGGCAGUCUCUCCAAUCUGCAGGUCACUCAGCCUCCGGUCGGCAUGAACUUCAAGACCCCGCGAGGAGUCUAGCGCUCUAAUGUAAUAUACAACAGCUGUCAAUAAACUGAGGAAAACAC